GCUGUGGUCGAGGAGAUGCGCGAGACCGAGCGGGAGCACAUGACGCGCAUUGCCGCGCUGCAGCAGGCCGCCUCCAGCAGCCAGGAGGCCGAGAGGAACCUCCCAGCCUUCGAGGAGAUGGCCAGCCGCUACGCGAACCGCAUAGCGCAGCUCGAGGCCAAGAUCGGCGACCUGACGCGGGAAAAGGAGGACAGCCUCAAGCGGAUCGCCGAGUGGCAGGAACACCUUGUGCGCACCGAACAGCUGGCAGAGCUGACCGUGCAGCAGAACGAGUGCAUCGCCAGGCUGGAGGCGGACAACGAGGAGAUGAAGAGGUCCCAGAAGUCCUCGUUCACCGAGGAGGAAUUGGAAGACCUCGCGAUGACGCUGAAAAGGAGAAAUGUGGAGCUGGAAGACGUCAUCAAGAGGAUGACCGUCAAGGAGCAGGAGCUCCUGGCCACGGUCCGGCGGCUGGAGACCGACAGGGGCAGGCCGACGCCCGGAGAGGAGGAGCUCGAGCGGCUGGCGCUGGACAGCGCGAAGCGCGAGCGCGAGCUGAAGUCGGAGGUCGACAGGCUGCGGCUGGCGGAGCAAGGCCACGCGGCGGAGGUGACCUCCCUGAAGCAGACGCUCAUGUCCAGGAGCUCCGCGCCGGUGGAGCGGGACCUGGAGGGCGUGGCGAAGACGCACGCGGCGAUACUGAGCUGCGAGUCCCUCAUGGGCAAGAUGAAGGCUGUGGAGCAGGAGCAGCUUUCCCAGCUCGCCGGAGGCACUGGGGCCGCCACGCCGGCCACCACCGCCUCCCACGGGGAGCCGCAGGAAGCCGCCGAGGGCGCGGGCGUCGAGGGCCUGGCCCUCGCGCAGGCCCAGCGCAUGGAGGAGAUGGCAAAGGCGCAGGCCCAGCGCAUCGCCGAGCAGGAGGACGAGAUAGGGAAGCUCAGGCUUCCGCCGCGUCCCGUGGUCGAUGCCGCCGUCUGUUCCACCGCCUCCGCCGAUAUGUUCUGA